AUGUAUCAGCUAACAUUGGCCCUCUUCAUUGCAUUCCUCUUCUUCAGUCACCCCUGCAGGACCGAGACCAUCUCCUCUAACUCGUCAACCAUUCUGGCUGACAUCUACAGGCCCUUCCUUACCAACCUGCCCCAGAGUCCUGCACGGUUUAACCCUUUCCUAGGCGGACAAAGCUUUGACGUUUGCUGCCAGUUAGUCGUCAAUGAAAGCCUUGUCAUUGACAAUGAUACCCUCCGCAUCCGACCCGGCCAGACGUUCUAUCGUGGGGAUAUGGCAACGUUGGAAAGAUUCCCUUCUUUUCCUUGUUUUGCCAAGUUCAACGGCACCAUGGCGGGGCCACCUGAGGACUUCUGGACGCCGUAUUCUUGGUGCCGCCGUCGUUGCCCUGGAUGGGCCGCUACAAAGCCGGAAGGCUUCGCCAACUGGCUGAAGCCACUGAUAGCAUUCAUCCUGCCAUCCCUUAUCUUCUGCCUCAGCAUCCCACGAAGACGGCGAAUUGAGAUCCCCGGGAGCCUCUUUUCUGGCCCGGGUGGAGUCCGAGGAGCGCUGCUCUACGCUAUCAAGAUUCCUGCAGCGUUCGUCAUCGUUGCUGUCGAUGUCCUUGUAUGGCUCUCGGUCGUUUUCGCCACCUCUGGUCCCAUUCUGGUUUCCGCCAUCUACGACGCGCUGCUCGAUGCCAGGAUCCUCAGAUUCCUCCAAAGGCACCCUGGCUCCAAUGGUACGACCAUCCGCAGUCGCGCUCAUCUGUUGCUGGUCGUUCUGCUCGGCAACCUCGACUUUGAACCUGCCUGGCACCAUUCCAAGCUGUUUGUCCGAGAACUUCCCCAAGACGAUUUCUUGCCUCCGCCCAGCGAGCCCGCGGCUGCCACUGGCGAAGCAUCCUCAACGAGCCCAUCGCCUGCCAGUCUGGAUGCGGUGGUUGAAGCCAAAGGAGGCUUGACAACAGUCUCGCCAAUAACUCCCAUGCCGCUAGAGGUUUCUCGGGGCGGUGAAUUCGCGCCCUUCCAGCUACAAUCCGUGAAAUCCAAACUCCGAGCCAUGUUGGACUCCCAGCCUAGCUUCGGGACCACGGUUGGGGCACCGGUGUUGUUCUACCUCGCUUCCUUCAUAUGGAGCGUUUACGAAAUCGAGUCUUCCUAUGGCACCUAG